CGACGACCUUUUCAUGCUCCCAACAUCUCUUCUACAGCUGGUCAGUCGAAUGAGAAUGCUACUCCCGCGACUGCUAGAAAAUAUUCAAAUGUGGAGGGUGGUAGUAGUGUUAACAGUUAUGGAAAUGAGGGCUAUAGGAAAAGCUGUGUCCCUUCAACUCCUUCAGCAGGUGGUCAGAACAAAAGUUCCUCAUCAACGCCAGUAGGAAGCGGAGGUGGAACAGAAGUUGACGCCACUCUGCCAAAUGCUCCCUUAGUAACGUCAGACAACGAUGAUGUGAAUAACGUCUCCAAUUCUCCAGCUCCGAACACUUCUGGAACCCUGAAACGUCAACAGACUUCCCCCGUCUCCUCUCCCGCCCCCCAAGACCCCUCACCAAAAGCCUUGACAACAACGGCAACAAAGAACCUCACCACUGCUAUCACUACAUCUAGUAAAUCGAGAAAUAGCAGUUCUCGUAUUGGCCCAGCACCCACAAGUCAUCAAAAUGUCCCCAAACGCCCCUCAUUCAACCAUCGCAAUAUCCAAAUUGAUUAUCUUGCAACAGUGACUGGUACAGAGAGCGCCAAUAACAAUAACAACAACAACAAUGCUGGUGGGGACUUUAGUGUUCCAAUACUUGCUCCACGGGCAUCUGAUGCUACUGUAGCACCUGGAGAUCGCAUGUCAAGACGAGAUGAAGCGACCGUGAACUCUGCUACAGUUAGUGGGCAGAGCCGGCCACAGGCCUAUGAGUUGAUUAAUACAGCUGCCUUGGAAAAUACGCUGCAGAAUGCUGGAGCUAGUCGAAAAAAUAGCAAUGCUGGACAGUCGAUAUUCGCCAGAAAUCACUCUUCACUUGGUUAUAGAUCACUUCGGUACUCAGAUUUAUCGCAAACUCGUGUGAAAUUUUUCUCUUUUAACAAAAGCUUGCCAGCCGAUACAGCUGCAGAGCUGAGAUCAGUAGCUAUGGCAGCUGCCACCAAUGGUGCUCCUCCAAUGGGUGACACCCACUCCUCUAGUUUCUAUACCGCUAACACCAACAAUUCCACUCCCUCUGGUGCCUAUGUCUCUCAUCUUCACCCAAAUGCAGGCGGCCAGAACUCUACCAAUAAACCUGCCACUCCAAACCAGGAAGUGUCUACUAUGGACAAUCGACGUUCUGGAGGCGGUUUAUUCCUUCCGUUUGGUCGCAAUGUUCCUGGUCGAUCCACCAUCCAAAAUGUUCCUGCUGUGGACACUAGGGAUCGUCUUGAGCAGUGGUCUCGUCCCCUUGUUCGCCAUCCUGGAACUGCGGCCCAUAUGGAUCAAAAAACUACUUUAGCAGAUCUAUAUACCCAAAAUACUAGUUCCACAACUGGUCGUCAAAGCCCCUCCGAUCUCUCAGUUAUUUCCGUAACAAGUAACUCGACAACAGCUAAGAAUGUUGCUUCAUCCACCGCGGGACACACAAGUUCCUCUAUAGACGACUUCGGUGACGGGGACGACGAUACCACGGAGAACGCUGUCGAGGAUUAUGACCUUGACGUCGACCCUCUAGAUUACGGUGGCAAUGAGUUGGAUGGAGAUGAGUCGUCAACAUCGAGGCGUCGUCCAACUCAUCAGCUGACAACCUUUAAUCGAGCUUCGAGGUUUAAUCGAGGUGGAACCCCUCUAAGUCUUCAAGAUGCUCCCUCUGUUGCCACGAAAAUGCGAGCAUCUACCAUGUCGAAGACAGAUUCACGAAAGAUGUCGACAAACUCAACUUCGACUGCUACUAGCAACAGUAGUAGCGGUGGUGGAUUCCUUCGUAACUUGUCAAUGAGGUUCUCUAGGAGGACAAAAAACGUCAAAUAUGAUCGUGUCAAAAUCCAGACCACAGGUUCUAUGAUUGAGUUCCAAGGUGUUUAUGGGGCUCUGAUUUCUGAAGCACGUACCGUCUUUCAGGAAAGGCCCGCGUCUCCUCUUUUUCGACUUCUCAGUAGGCUUUUCAGACUUCCGUUCGGAAAUGGUGGAGGCAACUCAUCGGCGACAGCUCAACAGCAGCAACAGAAGGAAGUUGAGAUUCCAACACAACCCGACUUCUCAACUCUUCGGAGUCUUCGUGGAGUUCCGGGUGCGAGUCCAUCUUCGGAGACAGUUCAGACCCCCAAACUCUCUUCUCAUCGAUUGACAACUAUUGGAACAGGAGGAGGAGGAAUAACUCGAAGUAGAAGUACUGUGUCGGGAAGUCGUGCGAAAUCACCCGGAAGAAUGAUUAGUCUAACUGAUCAAAAUCAACAGCAACACGUUAGUCGAAGAUCAGCGUUUGUUCCUGAGACGGCAGCCUCCUCAGGUCAAGACCGUGGGUCUCGGGACACGACUCCUACCAACACAACAACGAAUGCCUAUUCGCGUUCAGCCUCCACUAGCUCCGCACCACGGAAUUCUCUCGUUGAACACUCCACUCAAUCGGGAGUAGGGGGGAGUAAUAGCGCUGGUGGAAAUGCUCGAGUUCUUUUCCGAAUGGAGAGUAAUACUCGUCGACAGUUAAAUGAAAUGAUGUCAGAAAUUAAGCAUGCCCUGUUGGCAUCCGGAGUCUCCUUUAGCCAGACCGAUCACCCUCAUCGAUUGCAUUGUACAUGGGUUGUAGGUGGGACUACUCCAGAGACGGAUUUGGACUCAGGCCUGCCGACAACUAACACAUCUGGUUCAGGAGAAAUCCUUCGAUUAGAGCUAGAAGUAUGCAAACUCCCUAAAGAAGGGAUGAAUGGAGUGCGAUUCAAGAGGCUAACCGGACCUGCUUCUGAGUUUAAACGAAUCUCACAAAAAUUGGCGGAAGAUUUGAAGCUCUAA